AUGUCCACGCCUGUCGACGUCUUGAGUCAUGGCGAUCGCUUGUCCGAGAGUCUGCAAAAGCUCGAGCUCAGCGCACAGGCUCGAGCCGACUCAGCUGAUCCGCAUGUCGCAGGCGAGACUUCAGCACGCGGCGGGAGUAGCGACCUGCCGUCGCCUGGCCUAUUAGGGAGACCCGUAGGGUCUCCUUACGUGCGGGACGGUUACGGGUUUCGACCCGCCUCCGGGAACUCGACGCCUCUGCAUACCUCGAUCUCGGGCGUCGAAGCAGGCAGCCCACUCCCUGAUCCAAACGGUUUGGGGUGGCCAGCCAAGUCUACCGUGGCCAGAUUGAAUGCUACUGCAGCCGAGAAGGCAGAGCGUGAGCAGAAGCUCGCAGGGGCUGUCCGGACGAUCCUCGAAUGCAUCGGCGAAGAUCCCGACCGAGAGGGUCUUCUCCGCACACCCGAACGCUAUGCGCAGGCCCUCAUGUGGAUGACCCGCGGAUAUGAGGAACGUUUGGCAGACGUUAUUAACGACGCCGUGUUCGCUGAGGACCAUGACGAAAUGGUUAUUGUCCGUGACAUUGACAUCUCCAGCCUAUGCGAGCAUCACCUCGUUCCCUUCAUGGGUAAAAUUGCGAUAGCAUAUAUCCCCAACCAUCUCGUGCUUGGCCUGUCCAAGUUGGCACGCAUCGCUGAGACCUUUAGCCGUCGCCUGCAGGUACAAGAGCGCCUCACGAAACAAAUUGCAAUCGCCGUGCAGGAAGCCAUUAAGCCGCGUGGUGUUGCAGUCGUGAUGGAAGCAACACAUCUUUGCAUGACCAUGCGGGGAGUCCAAAAGCCCGGCUCCAUGACUGUCACUUCCUGUAUGCUGGGGUGCUUCCGGACGCAGCAAAAAACCCGAGAAGAGUUCCUGACUUUGAUUAAGGGCCGUUAA